UUGAGAUCUGAAAAAGGACCAAAGACAGCCCACUUCGUAAGAUUACAGUUUCGGCAAUGAAACUUGGAAGCCUUACUUAGGUGGCUUGCGGGUUCUUCCAUGUUUGUUUUGAAAGUAAAGGUUUGGUUUGAAUAUGGUAGAAGCGUUCUCCUUUUACUUUGUUUGGUGAGUUUGGUGAAAAAAAGUAGAAUGGAUGAUAAAAAAUAAAGAGUGAAAAAUCCUCAUUAAUUAGCAGAAAUUGUUGGGUUCAUUCUAAGAAAAAUUCUUUGGGCAAUGGCCGAGGAGGUAAUGGACAAUAUGGAGGGUCUUGUUACUGCUAGGCAGCUGUUGAAGACUAACAUAGAGAAAUCACGAGCUUUUGCUUCUGCACUGGACGAGAUGGGGCCGAGACUGGAAAAGAUUAACCGAAGAUUGCCAUCUUGGGAAGCUGCAGCAAGAUCCAUCGCUGUGCAAAAAUCUGCAUUUUCUGCAAGCAAAGAACACAUUGGUCAUGCUUUAGGACCUGUUUCUGCAGUUCUGAAGGUCUUUUAUACCGCUCGUGAGCUUAAGAUGUCACUUGUGUCUGAUCCAUGUUCUGAUCUCUUCAACUACCUUUUAGUCAUGAAAAGGCUUGAAGAAGUAUUGAGGUUUCUUGCUGAUAAUUGCCGGUUGGCAAUUAUGUGGUUGGAGGGCAUUAAUGAACUCGUGGAGAAAGAUGCCGCAGUCACCAAUGAAAAGUACCUAGCUGUUGUGAAGAAAUCCUUGAGAAUUCUACAAGAGUUGCAGGCCAAUGAGGAACGUGACCUUCUUGGUGGAGGGCUUCUUGGUGCUGCUUUAGAAAAACUUGGAAUUGAAUUCAAGCGACUUCUGACAGAAAGGAGUGCUCCUCUUAAUUUGGCUUCUCUAGCAACCCUCACCGUGGAGCCAGCCUCCAGUACCAUUGCAUCAUCAUCUUUGCCAUUGCCGGUCAUGGACAAAUUGCAGGCAAUUAUUGAAAGAUUAAAUUCCAACAACAAACUUGAGAUGUGCAUAUCGGUGUAUGUUGAUGCUCGGAGUUCCAAUGCUAAACGAAGCCUUCAAACUCUUGGUUUGGAUUACCUUGAGAUGCGUAUCUCAAAAUUUGAUGAUGUGCAGCAUCUAGAGGGUUACAUCGAUCAAUGGAAGAAGCAUUUGGUGUUGGCUGUGAAGCAUCUUUUUCAGCUCGAGUAUAGACUCUGCAAUGAUGUUUUCAAAAAGAUAGGAUCAAAUGUUGCAAUGAGGUGCUUUGCAAAGAUCGCUGCUCAGUCCGGAAUCCAUGCUUUUCUCCAAUUCGGGAAACAUGUGACAGAAUGUAAGAAGGAUCCGAUUAAACUCUUGAAGCUAUUGGACAUGUUUGCUUCUUUGAACAAUCUGAGAUUGGAUUUCAACCUGCUUUUCAGUGGAGAAAACUGCGCUGAAAUCCAGAAUUCUACAAGGGAUCUUGUCAAAAGGAUUGUCAAUGGUGCCUGUGAGAUUUUCUGGCAACUUCCUCUUCAAUUGGAGCUGCAAAGGCGAAGUUCUCCUCCUUCAGAUGGCAGUGUUCCAAGACUGGUGAACUUCAUAACUCAGUACUGUAAUCAGCUGCUUGGUGAUGAUUACAGCCCCAUCUUGACCCAGGUACUCAAGAUCCAUCAGAGCUGGAAACAAGAGAGUUAUGGAGAGGAUCUAAUUUCCAAUCAGGUUUUGGUCAUAAUGAAGGAAAUUGGGCUAAAUUUAGAUGGAUGGUCGAAGGUCUAUGAGGAUAUAUCCUUGUCCUACCUCUUCAUGAUGAACAAUCACUUCCAUUUAUGCAACAUGAAAGGCACGAAGCUCGGGGACAUGAUGGGAGACUCUUGGCUAACAGGACAUGAGCAGUAUACAGAUUAUUAUGCAGAACUUUACUUGAGGGAGAGCUGGAGCAAGCUUCUAGCACUUCUCAACCAAAAGAGUAUGACUACAUUGGCUGGUCAAGAUUCAGUUAUGGAAAGGCUGAAAGCAUUUAAUGAGGCUUUUGAUGAUAUAUAUAAGAAGCAAUCUAACAGGAUCAUCUGCGACGAGAAGUUGAGGGAGAAAGUGUGUGAACACUUAGUGCAAGCUAUUCUACCUGUUUAUAGCAGUUACAUGCAAGAUCACAUGACUUUUGAUGAACAAGAUGGUGCAUCCAGCAAUUAUGUGAAAUACAGUGUGCAAAGUCUGGAGAAAAUGCUCAGCUCUAUGUUCCAGCCAAAGUUAAGCAAAUACAACAGCACUGAACAAAAAAGGAACUUGAUGGGUAAUGUGGAUUACCCUGAAUGGAAAUUGCAGAAUAUGCUGAGCUGUCUGUUCCGGCAAAGGUUAGGGAAUCACGGCAGCAGCAGGCAAGCACACCUGAGCGCCAAGAUAAAAAGUUUUGUGGCCAACCAGUUCCGAUUGACUCUUACUACCAUUUGAACUGUUUAUAUAUGUCAUUAUUAAGUAAGAGAAGAAAGAACAGAGUGCUGUAUCCUCUUUAAUGUGUAUGAAAUACCUAACGUUCCGCCAUGAAAGUAAUAAAAAAAGUUGAAUUACAACUCU